AUCUAUUGCCCGCGCGAUCGCUGCGGUCGCCCGGGAGACGGCGCUGGGGUAGCCUUGAUCGGCAUUCUUGGAGUUCUUGGAGCUGGACAAGGUAAUGGGAAUUUCUGGGCCUUCUCCGCCAGGAAGUCGCAUUGACAACGAAAGUUUUCGCGCUCUCCGGGAUGUCCUUGGCAGCGAUGUGUGCGACAUGGAUCUCGUUCACGCGCUACACUUGUCGAGGAACGAUCUCCAAAUGGCCGCGCACAUUGUGCUUGAGACUCCGGGUUUUAGAAAUAGGAAGAAGCAGGGUGCGGUUUCUUCGACAAACAGUGCCAAGGCGAGGAGCCCCAGCGUUGGGAAAUCGUCGAUAACAGGGAGCUCUACCGUGACAACGAACUCUGCGGCAAAACCUUCCAGUGGAUCGCCAAGAACUCCCGCAAAAGCUGAGGCUGGUAGGACAACAAUGAGUACCGAGGUGAGCACUGAUAGCGGAACAGGAAACUUAGAUGAUUCGGGAGUAGAAAAUGGAGCCAACGAAGUAGAUAGUGAAGCCAACGAUGGUAAGGUUGGAGGAGGGACCAAAAAGAGAAAGACUGAAGGAGCAAAGAAUGCCGAGGUGAAGGAAACAGAUGCCAAGGCGGUCGAGAGCUCCGGUGAGGCUGCCAGGGGAGAUGGCGAGUCUGUUUCUAGCGCCUUAGCAGGGCUUUCGAUCGGAGAUUGUAGCUUGGAUUCCCGAAAGCUCGCGAUGAAGCUAGAUACAGUGGACGCUGGUUGUCAUUCCGUGAGAGCUGAAGCUUCGGAUUUUUCGGUGAAGGUCGAAGCUCGUUGUGAUGUAGAUGGCUCGGUGAAGAUGGAGACUGGUUUCGAUUCUGCGAAAGUCGAAGCUCCAAAUGGCUCAGUGAAGAUGGAGACUGGUUUGGAUUCUGCUAAAGUCGAAGCUCCAAAUGUCUCGCUGAAGAUGGAACCGGGUUCUGUGAAAGUCGAAACUCCAGAAGAUGGUAAAGCUGCCUAUUCGUCUGGAGCUAAGGUUGCUCCAUUAACCUCUCCAUUAGCCAGUUGUACAGAAAAGCACUCGGUUGUUUUAGAUGCAGAGAGGUGGUGGCUCCUCGAAGAGACAGAAGUUGCCGGUUACUCGACUUCCAGAGGAUCCCGAAUUGGUGUUGGUGAUUUCGUGUCCUUCAACUUUCCCAAGCCUGCAGCUGAAAGUAAGAAGAAGUCCUUCGAACACAAGAAGCCUUGGGCUCGGCAGAAAGCAAGCUCCGACAUUGUAAGGUUCUCAACAAAAACUUCAGGAGAGAUAGGACGGCUUCCAGCUGACUGGGCCAAGUGUCUAAUACCUUUGGUUCGCUCGAAUAAAGUAAACAUACUGGGGAGGUGCAAAAUGGCACCAGAGGCACUCUCUCUUAUGAGCAGCAUAGUUCUCGAUUUGAGAGUUUACAUCAAUAAGUCGUUAUUUGUGAAAUACAAGAGAACAGUAUCGAUUGAAGAGACAACUUUUCGCCCUCUUCCGUCGUUGAUGGAGCUUUUAAAGAUGACUCCUCUUAGAAAGGCCCAGUUUACGCCAGAAGAUUUAAAUGUCUACACUUGUCGACGUCCAGAGGAAGGGCCACCUUCAAAGCGUUCAAAAGUCGAGCAGAAGGAUACUGAAGAUAUGCCCGAUUCGGAGGUCGAUCAUGUGGUUGGCACCAGUGACAGUCGCGAACUGGAGGAAAUGGAGGAACCUGAAGGUCUAGAAUGCAAGCUGAGGCCUUACCAAAAGCAAGCUUUGUUUUGGAUGUCUCAACUGGAAGAUGGUGUCACUCAGGAAGACGCUGCUAAAGCUCUUCAUCCUUGCUGGUCUGAAUACCGUAUUGCGGAUAGGCGAGCCUCUUCUUUUUACGUGAAUUCUUUUUCUGGCGAGGCAACACUGGACUUUCCUAGCGCACUCCAGGCUUCAAGAGGAGGGAUUCUCGCUGAUGCUAUGGGGCUUGGUAAAACGGUCAUGACAAUAUCUCUUUUGCUCUGCAAUCGCCGCAAAGGAUGUAAUACCUCUCAGGUGCAGCCAACAGUGGCAAAAACGAAGUCUUUUAAAAGUUCAAGUGAUCCAAAGGAGGGUGGCACUCUUAUAAUCUGUCCCAUGACUUUGCUUAGUCAAUGGCGGUCAGAGCUUGAAACGCACGUAUCUUCUGGCACUUUCUCUGUUUAUGCUUAUUAUGGACCUGAUAGAUCAAGAGAUUCCAAAACUCUCUCUAAGCACGAUGUUGUCCUGACCACCUAUGGCGUUGUUCAGUCGGAAUGCAACAAUAGCGGAGACGACGGACCAAUCCAUAACGUGAAUUGGUUUAGAGUUGUAUUAGACGAGGCUCAUUCUAUCAAGGCAAAUAAGUCUCGCGUUGCUCAGGCUGUUUUCAAGCUUGUGGCAGACCGCAGAUUGUGCCUGACUGGAACUCCUGUGCAAAACAAGCUCGAGGAUAUGUACAGUCUUUUCCAUUUUCUCCGGGUUGAACCGUGGUGCAACUGGGGAUGGUGGUAUAAGCUAAUUCAGAAGCCUUACGAAGAGGGGGAUGAGCGCGGAUUGAAGCUUCUGCAGGCUAUUUUGAAGCCUUUAAUGCUUCGGAGAACAAAAGAUUCAACUGACAAAGAAGGAAGGCCAAUUCUGGUGCUCCCACCAGCUCAAUGUGAAGUUAUUGAAUGCAACCUAUCCGAGUCUGAGCGUGAUUUUUAUGAUGCCCUUUACCACAGAUCCAAGGUAAAAUUCGAUCAGUUUGUUCAAGAAGGUAAAGUUCUUCAUAACUAUGCGUCAAUACUCGAACUCCUACUUCGAUUACGGCAAGCUUGUGAUCAUCCUUUUCUUGUUCUGAGCCGUGGCGACACUGAAGACUACGCGGACCUUGGAAAGUUGGCUAGACGUUUCUUGGACAAGAAUUCCUCCCUGGUCCCUUCAACGGCUUAUGUGAAAGAAGUGGUUGAUGAUAUUCGUAAAGGGGACACUGCUGAAUGUCCAAUUUGCUUGGAAAUGCCAGAGGACGCAGUUCUUACACCAUGUGCUCACCAAAUGUGCCGUGAGUGCCUAUUUAAUAGCUGGCGUACUAGCGCCGGAGGUCCCUGUCCGAUAUGCAGGCGUUCUUGUACUAAACAGGAACUUAUAACUGUACCUACGAGUAACCGGUUCCGAGUAAAUGUCGAGGAACAGUGGAAGGAGUCAUCCAAAGUCGAGGCCCUUCUGCAGCAGCUGGAAACGUUGCGUGAGUCGAAAAGCGUUGUUUUUAGUCAGUGGACAGCGUUUCUCGACUUGCUAGAGAUACCAUUGAAACGGAAGAACGUCCGUUUUGUCCGCUUGGACGGAACAUUGUCGCAGCAUAAGCGAGAACAAGUGCUGAAAGACUUCAGCAAUAUUCCAGACGUGGCCGUCAUGCUCAUUUCUCUCAAGGCAGGAGGCGUGGGACUCAACCUGACGGCCGCAUCUAACGCUUUUCUCAUGGAUCCUUGGUGGAAUCCUGCCGUGGAAGAACAAGCCAUAAUGAGAAUCCACCGUAUCGGCCAGACUCAAAACGUAUCGAUUAAGCGAUUCAUCGUCAAAGACUCGGUGGAGGAGAGAAUGCAACAGGUCCAAGCGAGGAAGCAGCGAUUGAUCGCCGGAGCUCUUACAGACGAAGAGGUACGAAGCGCUCGAAUCGAGGAACUCAAGAUGCUAUUUAGAUGAGAAGAAAGAACACUGCGCAUUGUUUAACUUACCAAAGUUUUGUUAAUAUACAUAGAAAUGGGAAUAUCAUA